AUGACGAUCACGUCUCAUCAUCUCCGUCCUCGCGGCCUGCAGGUCACCAGGUCCAAGUUGCAACACUUGGGCAGAGGAGCGGUCUUGGCUGUGGAGGAGCGAGGCCUCCACGCUUCCUGUUCACCUGCAUCCGGUUGGCCGAGGCAGGUAGCCCUGUCCGAGAUAAGGCAGCCGACAGACCUGGGACUCCUGGAGAAGGACAAGUUCGAGGAGUUUCCCAACGAAGGCUGGGCCACUUGAGAUGGAGAUGAAGAUGUCUGGAGUAACUGGGAUGAUGACAAUGUGGAUGGGGACUUCUCCAAUCAGCUGUGA